CAAAAUAUUGAUAAGUAUUCAAUGAAAAACAGCAAUGCAGUGUUGAACUGUCAUUGAUUUUUUUGACGUAGGCAGCGUAUCUGUCAAUUGUCAAAAUAAAAAAGUUAAAGUAGGCGUCUACCAGUCUUAUUAAAAUAAACUCUUAAUUAUUUCGAAAUAAUGAUUCGGUUCAUUUUGAUUCAAAACCGUGCGGGCAAAACUCGAUUGGCAAAAUGGUAUAUGAACUUCGAUGAUGACGAGAAACAGAAGCUCAUAGAGGAAGUACACGCAGUGGUCACGGUUCGAGACGCAAAGCAUACUAAUUUUGUGGAAUUUCGAAAUUUCAAAAUUGUAUACAGAAGAUACGCGGGACUGUACUUUUGUAUAUGCGUGGACGUGAACGACAAUAACUUAUGCUAUUUGGAGGCGAUCCAUAACUUUGUAGAAGUUUUAAAUGAAUACUUCCAUAAUGUAUGUGAGUUGGACCUAGUCUUCAACUUCUAUAAGGUGUACACAGUAGUGGACGAGAUGUUCCUCGCUGGUGAGAUCAGGGAAACCUCACAAACUAAAGUAUUGAAGCAACUUCUCAUGCUCAACUCUUUAGAGUAAAUGUUCUCAGGUGACGCAUUGUUUGUGGUUAAAAAUUAUAAAUACAAUGUUAUAAUUGUUACUUUAUAUAAAACAGUAAAUUAUAGCAUUUACCGAUUGUAAUGCUCUCAAAAUAAUGAGGAUGGUAGAGGAGUCCUCAAUGUGUUGGUGUAUGAAUGAGAUAUCUUAAAGUAUAGAGUUUAAGCUAUAUUAAUAAUAUAUAAAAAUAUUCAAAUUGUAUCAUUAAGUUGUAUGUAAUGAGAGAGUAAAUAUAAUGCAACAAAAUAUUGAGCUCCAAAAAUCUUUCCACAUGUAAAUUUUAAUAUUUCCUUACUACUGGACAAGAAUUAUUAAGGUGUCCAUAUUUGUUGUCAGACAUUGUGAAGGCAAUAGAUUAUAUAGGCUUGCAGCAACUUGAUAAAUGUAUACCAGACCUUUUAAAUAUAUACUUACAAACCUUUAUUAUUUUUGUCAAAAAUUGAAAUUUUCCCAUUUUCUUAGAUGCUUCUGUAACUUAUAUAUUGUUAGAGUUUAAAAUUUAUCAUCAUGCAUUAUCGGCAUAUUUUUGCCCGUCAGAAACAAAACAUCUUGACUGUUUUGAUGUCUUUACAGGAAUAUGUUUAAGCUAUUUCAAGAAUUUUAUUCUUGGCAGAAAGUUCCUUGUCUAUGAAAAUAUUAUUUUGAAUUUAGCCAUUUAACAUUAUAAUCUAUGAUGUGAAUUGUACGCAUUAUAUUUUAACUUCAAGAAUAAUCAAGAUUUUUACAUGUAUUUUUGUUGCUAUAUAUAUUCUACUCAAGCAAUUUCGACAAAAAUAAAUGUAAACCAAUCCCAUUAUUCUUACAAUUCACUAAGCAUUUGUAUAUAAUACGUUUACGAAAUAUUACACGGCAUAAGAAUGCAAUCAAACACAUGUAAUUGUAAAACACGGUUUAUUUAUCAAAUAUAAAAUGUAAAUCUAGUAUAAAUCUCUUAGAUUGGCUACCUUACCGAUUUGAAUAUAUUACUCAAAUUAUAA